AUGAGGAUUGAUCAUUUAUUUGCUAUUGCAACAAUUACUCCAUCAAUAUUUGCUGCUUCAUUUUUCAAAAGAAAUAAUGAUAAGUGUCCAGAUCAUUGUAUUAAAACAACAACCGUCACUUCAAUUUCAUAUAUUCCUUAUUGUUCAUAUUCACAAGAUUUUAGUUCAAUUACUGAAACUUUACCUUCCUUUGCAUCUUCAUUAUCAUCUACUGAUUCAUUAGAAACUACAGUCUUACCAAAUGGUUCUUCUUCAAAUUUAGAUAAUACUGAAUCAACUACUUUAAUUACUACUACAUCAUCAACUCCUGCUAUUACAACCAUUACUUCUGAAGUACCAGCUCAAUCAACUACUUUGAUUACAUCGUCUUCAUGUGAUGCUAAUGGAAAGUGCUCAACUGCUGUUCAAUCUACGGGUGUUAAUAUCAUUACCAUUACCAUAACUGCUUCAAAUGGGGAAACUUCAGAGACUUCAACUACUUCAUUGGUUCCUUUGACAUCUACUAAAGUUAUAACAUAUGAUUCAACUGCUACUGAUGGUGAUACAACUUCAAUUGAAACAACUUCAACUGAUUCUUCUAUCUCCACAAUUACAAAACCUGGUUAUACCUCAACAUUAACUUCCUUUUCCACUCAUACUGCUGAAAAUACACACACUUUAACAAUUACAAGCUGUGAUAAUGAUGGAGGAUGUUCAACUUCUUUGAAAGAAACUGGUGUUACAAAAUUCACUACAACUAUUCAUAAUAUUGAAACCAUAUAUACUACCUUUUGUCCAUUGACUUCUGUUGAAACAUUCACAUUAACUACUACUGAAAAUGAUAAUGCAGCUUCUACUACAUCAGUCACUGAUCAAGAAAAAGGUGAAUCGGAAUCUUCCACUUUGUCAACUACUACCAAAGUUCCAAGUCAAUCAACUACAUUAAUAACAACUUCUUCAUGUGAUUCAAAUGGUGCUUGCUCAACUACUAUUCAACCAACUGGUGUCGAAAUAAUUACUAUCACCAUUACUGCUACAAAUGGAGAGACUACUGAAAUUCCGACUACAUCAUUAGUUCCUUUAACAACUACACAAGAAACAAGUUAUGAGUCAACUUUAACUGAUGCUGAAUCUGGUGCUACUACUACCACUACUAAAGGAGAAGAAAUACCAAUUAUAUCUUCAGGUUUUACAACUACUUAUACCACAUCAUCCAUUCAUACUGCUGAAUCUACUCAUACUGUUACCAAAACUCAAUGUGAAAAUGGUCAAUGUUCAACUACACUUGAAGAAACCGGGGUCACAACUUUGACUACAACAAUAGAUAAUAUCAAAACCAUUUAUACAACUUUUUGUCCAUUAACUUCUACCGAAACUAUUGUUAUUACAUCUUCAAAUGUUCCUCAUAGCUCAAUUUUACCAACUACUACAACAAUUUUAUUAUCAUCAACAACUUCACCAACUUCAAUUAGUUCAUCAGUUUCAGGAACUAGUUCAUUAGUUUCAGAAUUUAGUUCAACAAUUACCAACUCAGCUUCAACUUCAACUUCAACUGCUACCAAAGACUUGCCAACUGAUGGAAUAAUAAGUUAUAUCACUCAUACAGCUACUUCAACUGCCAUUUUAACAACUACUUACUGUGGUGAACAAGGAUGUACUAAAACUCACGUAACUACCGGUGUAACAAUAGCUACAAUUACUGAAUCGGAUAUAGUCACUGUAUUCACAACUUACUGUCCAUUAACAUCUACUGAAACAACUAUAUUUUUUACUUCAUCAUCAAUAUUAUCUGACGCUAGUUCAUUUUCAGCUACUGCUGCAUCUACUACAGACUCAAUCUCAUCAUCAACUAUAACUUUUGAUUCAUCAUCUACUAAUUCAUUCUCAUCAUCUGUUGGAGUUCCAACUUCUUCAAUUUAUUCAUCAGACUUAAUAAUUCUUUCAUCAACAUCAGAAUCAGUUACAGAAUUAUCAUCAAGUUCAUUCAUAGAAUCAUCAAUAUCAAGCUCAAUUGUUGAAUAUUCUUCAAGUUCAUUCGGUAUAUCAUCUUCAUUGUCAUCAGACUCAACUGCUGGAUCUGAAACUAGUUCAUUUAUUUCCUCAUCUUUAGCAUCCUCAAAUUCAUUCAUUGAGACAUCAUCAUCAUCAUCAUCAUCAUCAUCAUCAAUUUCAACUGCUGAAUCAUCAUUGUCUUCAUUUGUUACUGAAUCAUCAUUGGCAUCAAGUGUAACUGUUGAAACAUCUUCAUCAAGUGUAACUGUUGAAACAUCUUCAUCAAGCUCAAUUCCUUUCAGUUCAUCAAACUCACACUCAAGUUUUAAAUCAGAAUCAAGUUCAUUUGUUGCAUCUCCCUCAACUUCAUCAGAUUUAAUCACUGAAUCUUCAUCCACUAGCUCAUUUGCUGUAUCUUCUUCUGGAUCUGAAUCAAUUGUUGAAUCAAUAACUAGUUCAUUUGUCACACUUUCAUCACUGUCAUCCAGCUCAAAUCCUGAAACCUCAUCUACUUUAAUUGUUUCUGAGUCAACAACAAACUCCAAUAUUGAAUCAAUCAUUAGCUCGUCAGUUUUACCUUCUUCAAUAACAUCAAUCGUUACCGAAGAAUCAUCUUCCAGUUCAAUUACUAGCACUUCAUCAAUUACAUCAUCAAAUAUCGAUACUGAAUCAUCAUCAUCAUCAUUAUUAUUACCAUCAAGCUCAAUAGAUGAAUCAAUAUCUAGUUCAGUCGUUGUAUCAUCUUCAUUUACAUCAAGCUCAAGUGUUGAAAUCCCAUCAUCAAGUCAAGUGAUUGAAUCAUCUUCAUCAACCCCAGUUUCUGUUUCCUCAUCUUCAUCAAGCUUAUCCACUCCGGCAUCAUCAUCAAGUGCAUUAACUACAUCAUUAUCAUCAACUGAAACUUCAAGUGCUUCAACUUUAUCAACUAUACCAUCUACCUCAUUAUCUAAAUCAAAAUCAAAAAGUAAAGUAUGGUCAACUGAAUGGUCAACAAGUUUCGUAACUCAUACAGCUGAAUCUACAACUAUUUUAACAACAACUUAUUGUGGUGAGCAAGGUUGUAGUGAAACUCAAGUAACUACUGGUGUAACAAUAGCUACAAUUACUGAAUCGGAUAUAGUCACUGUAUUUACAACUUACUGUCCAUUAACAUCUACUGAAACAACUAUAUUAGCUACUUCAUCAAGUGAAUUAUCCUCAGAAAUUACUGAUUCCAGCUCCAGCUCAUCAAUUUCAUUAUCAUCAACUACUGAUUAUUCAUCAUUUAUACCAUCAACAAGCUCAGAAGUAGAAUCAUUCAUACCAUCAUCGAGUUCAGAAUUAGAAUCAUUUAGUACUUCAUCAUCAAGUUCAGAAUUAGAGUCAUUUAGUACUUCUUCGUCAAGUUCAGAAUUAGAAUCAUUUAGUACUUCAUCAUCAUCUCAAUUGACUAGUUCAACUUUGGAAUCUUCUGCUCAUGAAAUAACCUCAUCAUCAUUAUCUGAUUUAUCUUCAUCUCAUUCAUUCACAUCUGAUACAUUAACCACAAUUUAUGAUUCAUCUAGUUCAAAUAUCGAAUCACUUUCAUCAACUACAUUAGAAUCGGAAUCUCAUGCUUCUUCAAUUGUUGAAACCAAAUCUUCAUCAUCAGAACUAGUCCCAUCUGAAUUUAGCUCAUCAUCAUCAUCAUCACUCGCUAUUUCAAGUUCAUCUUACAGCGAACCAUUAUCAUCAACUAAUGACAUAAUAUCAUCAUCUUAUAUUUUACCAUCAUCAUCUUUUACAACAUCUCAAAUUAGUUCCACUUUAGUAUCUUCAAUUGAAACAUAUUCUACCCUUCCAACAACUGGAUCAGAUGAAACAAUUAUUACACUUACCACUACUGAAGUAGCUAAAGAAACAACCGAAGUUACAAUUACCUCAUGUGCUGAUAAUGGAUGUCAUACUCAUACUACUCAAACUGGUGUAACUAUUGUGACUAUAACAGAUUAUGAAACUGAAACUGCUUAUACAACAUAUUGUCCUUUAACUACAACCAAACUUAAUUUUAUUUUAGCUAAACAUCAUCAAAAUAAAAAUAAAAAUAAAAAUCAAAUUAGAAAUAAUGAAAUUGAUUCAUCAAUAAUUCAAUCUACAAGUCUUGUUUUUGAAAAUUCAACUUCACCAAUUAUAAUUUCAGAAGGUUUAGCAUCUCAAUCAAAAUAUUCCUUUUUUGGUAUCAUUUUGGGACUUGGUACAGUCAUUGCAUUAAUAUUUAUUUGA